ACCCUUCUUUGUGGAUGCAGAGCCUUUCUGCAGUCUUCUAUCAACAGCCAUCCCUCCAUUUUGGAGCCUGAGCACCCGCUUCCUGCAUCUGGGGAAUGAGUCCCGCCAGAAAGCCAGCAGUCAUUGUGUAGCACUGGACGGGGAUCAGGAGGCCUGGCUUCUAACACUGCUCUGUCACUAGCAAGUUCUGUGAUCUUUGAAGCUUAAGUGACAAUGGUACACGAAACAAGGAAAAAUUCUAAAACCCAAGUACCUGAGCAAAAAUCUCGAGUUGAUUGGCGUCGGACUAAAAGAAGUAUCUCACAGUUAUAUGAUAGUGAUGAAGAGUUUGAUAGUGAUGAGGAACUUGAACUGGGUACUGAUGAAGAGCUUGAUAGUGGUGAAAGUAUUGAUAGUGAUGAAGAGCUUGAUAGUAGCAAGAAGCCUGGUAUUAAUGAAAUACCAGAAAAAGAAACAGAGCUUAAAUUAACCCAAGUCGAAAGUGAGGGAAGCAACAGUAAACUUCUUAUGAACCCUGGCAAUAGUUCAACAGAUGAAGAAAAAAUGAACAAAACCAAACAUAAUGACUUGCCAGAUGAUGAAAAUCACCCAGGUCAAGAGGAGGAGGAUGUCAACAAGCACACCAAACAAAUCACAGAGGAAGAUGUGGAAGAUGAAGACAUCAAGCCAGGAAAAAGAAAAAGGCUGUCUUCUGUAAUGUAUGACAGUGAUGACAGCGAUGACAGUGAUAUUCUAGUUAGAAAAGUAGGUGGUAAACGUCCACGCAGGGUGGUUGAGGAGGAGUGUUCUUCACUGGAAAUGGAACAAGAAACCCCUGAAAAAUCAGUAAUUGCUCGAAAGCGAGAACACCACCAGAAGCUAAAGGAACUCUCAGAAAAAUCGCGCCAGAGACAGAGACGCAAUAGUGGUAGAAAUUUUGAGGACUCUGAAAAGGAAUCUUGUUCAAGUACUGAUGAAGAUGAGGAUGAGGAUGACUACAAAUCUGACGAAAAUGGAAAUGAUUAUAUGAUUGAUGAUUUUGUAGUGCAAGAUGAGGAAGGUGAUGAAGACAAUAAAAAUCAACAAGGAGAAAAUUUGACUACAUCACAACUGAAAUUAGUAAAACAGAAUUCUAUUUAUUCUUUUAAUGACCACUAUACUCACUUUGAAACAGUUGUGAAUGCUCUUCUGAUCAAUGCUUUCGAUGAAUCUUUUCUGGAAACCUUGUAUGCUGGCACCAGGAAGAAGUCAUAUGCAAAAGAUAUGUUGACAUCUCUUCAUUAUUUGGAUAAUCGCUUUAUUCAACCCCGUCUAGAGAGUUUAGUCUCUAGAAGUCGAUGGAAAGAGCAAUAUAAGGAACGAGUUGAAAGCUACUCUAACUUAAGUAUCCAUCCAAAGAACCCCAAGGACGGCUCCUGCCAGGCUUGUGGGCUGCAUCGUCACUGUAAAUACUCAGUGCAUCUCUCAGGAAAGUUGUACAACAACAAGACAAUGGAAACAGAUGACUUCAUGUCACAUGACAAGCAGGUGUUUAUUGUUGGCAGAAUUUGUGCUAAUCGCACCAGAAUUUAUCAUAAACUGAAACAUUUUAAAUUCAAACUGUACCAAGAAUGUUGCUCCAUUGCAAGAGCAGAAGAAGGUGAAGGUGAACAAGUCAAAGAAACAGUAGGAAGAGUCUUCAGUCAGUCAAAAGAGAAUGGCUGGAUUAGAAAGAAAUACGAUGAACUGGAAGACGAUCUCAAUUCUGCGGAUUAUUUUCAAGAUGAGAAGUUUGAAUUAUAGCAUGUUUCCUUCAGAGAAGAUUUUAUAAGUUUCUAUUGAUGUGAAGAUCAUGAGCUUUAUUUCUCUGUAUCAUGUGACAUUUGUUGUAUAUUCUAUGUGUAUCUUUGUGGCAAAAUAUCUUGUUUAUAUGCUCAUCUGAUUUUCAUGAAAUGCCACAGCGAAGUCUAAUAAAGCCUCAUUGAUGUACAUGGAGAACCUCAGCGUUGUGGUCCAGAAAUCCAUCAGUGUGUUUUAGUCAUGUAUUGAUACUUUUCUCAUACAUGACCUGCAGUGGAAUGUGCUAUCAUGUCACAUCAGUUUAGUAGAAAUAGGCUAUAUUAAAAUAUAUUUGGACUGACCUGGAGAUGGCUCAGUCAGUAGAGUACCUUACAAGCAUGAGGACCUGAUUUCAAUCCUCAGAACCAUAUUUAAAGUAAAAGCCAGAUGCGAUGGCAUGUACUUGUAAUCUUUGCACUCGGGAAGCAAAGACAAGGCAGAUCCCUGAGACUUGUUAGCGAGGCAGCCAACCUACUCUCAUGCCAGUGAGAGACCCUGUCUCAAAAAACAUAAUGGGUGGUGCUUGAAAAUGUCAUCCAAGGCUAUCCUCUGAGCUCAGCAUGCAUGUAGAUGUAUAUACAUGUGCAACCACACAAAGCACCUUAAUACUCAUUAUAUAUGCAUGUAUAUAUUCAUAUAUAGUGAGACUCGUGCCUAUAUGUAUGUAUUGUUGCAUCCCUUGGCAAUAUUAAAUAAUCUUCAGUAAUAAAUGUCUAAUUGAUGUCUCCUCAAUCAUUGAGCCAUGAAGAAGCCUCAGACUACCAUGCAUUCAUUAUCCUAACCUUGGAAUGAGACCAUUGCUUCUCUACUGCAGGAGGAGGAGUGCUUCCGUCUGCUCAAGUUUCCCUUAUUAGCAGAUGUCUCAUCCUCAGAGUCUCAAUCCUCACAUUCAGGAAGAACUUCUUGAUACAUGUUUUAUUCUAUGAUGCUUUUGUUGUUUCUAUAGUUUUAUCUGGAAUAUAUUAAGGAUUGAGAUGUAUUUUGUGAUUUUUUUAACCAUAACAUUCUCUAUGUAAAUAUAUACAUAUGUGUACCAGUCUGAGGAUCUUAGAGACAAGUUCAGCCAAAACACACUUCAAAAGCUUAUUUUUGUGCCUAUACUACUUUGCACAUUCUAAUUUUCCAUAAUACAAUAAAGUGCUUUCAGAGUAA